AUGAAUCAUGGGCUUUACUGUGACAACUCUUCAACAAUUGGGAAUCAAAUGAAAGAGAGAUGCUGCACUGUGAAAAAAUAUUAUGACAGAACUUUCAGACUUUUGAAGAUGGAGUCAUCAGGAAAACUGCUGUCAGCACGACUGCUUUCCCUGCUCAAGAAUGGACAAUGGGAUAAAGAUGAUGUUGUGAAGUUGUUUAAAGCCCUGGUGGAGCAGUUUAAUGGCAGGAAUGAAGAUUUUCACACAUGGAUGAUGAAAAUUCUUCAUCAAGUGGAGAUUCACAAAGUAAGCGUAUCAGAUUUGACACUGAAUGGUGAGAUUGUGGAUGAUGUUGAGGACAAAAUCAACAAAAUAUCCAAAAACACUGAGGAGAAAACACUGGAUGAGAUUCUAAAAGAAAUUGAAGAACAGGCAGUUAUAGAUGAACAAACUAUGGCAGAAGUGAAAGACAUUGUGAGCUCUGUGUCCAAAUGUCUAUCAGCUUCUUCAGCGCCACAUCUACAAGGAAUAAAGCAAAGUCUGUUUCAACUCUGCAAAGCUGUAGAAAAGACGAUGAACUUCACACCUCGACUGACUCAGAUGGUGAGCUGGUGCAUUCUGGUGCUUUCUGAAUCCAGUCGGCUGGUUCAGGUUGGAACAGGAGAAGGAAAGUCAUGUAUUGUGGCCAUGUUUGCAGCAUGUCAGGUCAGGAUGGGAAAAACCCCAGACAUCAUCUCAAGUUCUCCAGUACUUGCGGAAAGAGACUGUAGAGAAUGGCUUCACUUCUAUAAAGAACUGAACAUCACUGCUGAUGUAAACACCAACAAAUCAAAAGACAAAGAGCUGAAAGAGUGCUAUGAAUGUCAAGUGGUUUACGGUACAGGCCAGAUUUUUGCAAGUGAUUUUUUGCAACAAUGUUCCCACAGAAGAGAAGUGAGACCUAAGAGAGAGUUUCGGUGUGUGAUAGUAGACGAAGUGGACUCACUAAUGCUAGACAAAGGUCGUGAAGUGGUCUACUUGAACACUGAUGUGCCUCUCAUGGAAUCCUUUAAUGAGAUUCUGGCAGAAAUUUGGCUAAUCAUCAACCAAGUGAAAUACUUGAACAGUGGAGAGAUUUUAGGUCCCAUCCAGAGUUUCUCUCAGGUUCUGUCUGAAACCAUACAUGACAAUAAAGACUGUUAUCAACUUGUUGUGCAGGCAGCUGUGGAUGCAGGAAUUAUGCCUAUAAAGCAAAUGCAAGAAAACAUGUUAAAUGUUUUAAAACAGUUAGACAAUGCAAGUAUGGUCCAAAUAGUAGGAUUUAUAACCAUGUUUGUUCAAUAUUUCCCUGAGUAUCUCUUCAAACUUUACCAGGAAUCAUCUGAUGGGACUUUAAGGAAACUAAAUGAAAUAAGUGUCGCAAGAACAAUUAAAAGACAAGAAAUAUCAGUUCUUCUCUUAGGAUAUAGACAAUAUCGUGUUGUGCACUUACACGAGGAUGCACUAGUAAUGUCACUGGGGAAAAGGAUUAAAAUGUCCUAUCAGACUGAGACAAUAAAGGACCUAAAUAAAUCCCCAAUCCCAGACCGUGAAGACCUCAUCACUGGCAAAGUACAAAUCUGGAUUGAAAAUGCUCUGCAGGCCACUAAAAUGACUCUGGGCCAUGAAUAUAUUCUUCACGAAGACGGAGUUGUUCCUGUGGAUUAUAGAUGCACUGGUGUUGUUCAGAACAACAUGAGAUGGGGUGAAGGACUUCAGCAGUUCCUGCAGAUGAAACACCAAACCAGACUAUCCAAUAUGAGUCUUAUAACGAACUUCAUGUCCAAUGUUGGCUUAUUCAAGAAAUACAAUGACCAGAUCUAUGGGAUAACGGGAACUUUAGGUGACCAAACAGAGCUUGACAUGCUGAAAAACCUCUACAGUGGCAUGAAGACCUGCAAGAUUCCCUCAUUCAGAAGAAGGAAACUUUACGAGCUGGAAGGCCUGUUAAUUCCUGAAGAUGAUGAGUGGAUCAGGACCAUCUGUGAUGCUGUUAAACAUCAAGUGUUUCCUACAGUCUAUCGAGGUCCACGAGCAGCUCUCAUCAUCUGUGAAACAAUCAAUCGUGCUGAAAUGUUUCACAAGACCCUUGCAGACACCAUGUCAAAAGACAAGCUGAAACUCUAUGUGAAUAACAACAUGAAUAACUCUACAGUAAUAGAUAAAACAGUUGAAGGCGGUGACGUAAUCAUUGCAACUAAUCUAGCAGGUCGAGGUACUGACCUAAAGGUCUGUAAAAGUGUAAAUGAAGCAGGAGGUCUGUUUGUGCUGCAAACCUACUUACCUCUGAACAUCCGUGUUGAACAGCAAGUGUUUGGACGAACAGCUCGACAAGGAAGUCCAGGAUCUGCUCAACUCAUCAUGUGUGCCAGUCAUUUCUUGGAAUCAGUCAAACUAGUGAUGGAUGCAAUUGGCAGUCUAGAUGACAAUUUACUCAGUCAUUUAAACAGUCUUAAAUCUACACCGAUGCCUUGUGGUGACACAGAAAGUCUAUCUGAGAAAAUGCUUAUCCACUACCUGGACAAUCAAAGCUUUCAAACACCUGAAGUGAUGAUCUUAGCUCUUACAGGUUUCUUAAACAUGAAUCCAAACCCAGUUCAGAAAAGCAAUCUAGAAGCAGUAAAGGAUGCCAGAAAUAUUCUGGUGAAUGUCAGACUCUCAAGGUUUCUUGAAAAAGAUGUUUUAAAAGUCUCUAAAGAGGAAGAGCUUUUUUCCAUCUACCUUGAUAUUUUUAACAGUGUUUAUGAAGAUGAUGUUUUCCCUGACCAGCGUGAUGUGAUUGUGUCCUCCCUUCAUGAGUGUUGGGGUUUGUGGCUCCUGAUGAAUUUCAGUGAGGAAAAACCCACAGAGAUGCUGAAGGAAAAGCUGAAAGUGGACUUGUCAAGUGCAAAGCAGAAACUUUUUAGUAAACAGUCUCCAUCCUCAAUGGUCUACUAUUACAUUAGGUCUGGAAACAGUCUUCGUGAAAAGGGACACCUUGCAGAGAGCAUUGAGAUGUACACCAAAGCUCUGGAGGAGAAUGCAGCUGGCUCGAUUAUUCCUCUCUAUAAUCGUGCACUGACCACUAUUAUGAAGAAGGAUGCUGGUUAUAUUACCUGGGCACUGGCUGAUCUGGAAAAGGCUGUCAAGGCAAUAAAUUCAUAUAAGUUACAGCUGUCUCAUAUCCAUACUCAUGUGAAAUCAUCAAGCCACAAGCCGUCAACAGAGGCUGAUACUUUUCUCACCAAACAGAUUCAAAUGAAGUGCAUGAUUAUGGACCAACUCAAGCUUAACAUUCAAGAAGCUAUAAUGAAGUUAAAGAGGGCUGAAAGCAGAGGAGGCAAUGUGACACUGCUGGAAAAACAUGUAAUUUUUCUAGUUGAAGACUUUUUGAAGAGGACUAUAGGCCGGAGAGAUAUGGACUUGGCAGACACAUUUGCCCUUUUUGUUAAGGAACACUUUAUAAAGAGGACUGAAAUCAGACGAGGGGAUGUAAACCUGACUGAAAAAUAUGUAAUGAUUUGCACAGAAAACUCUAUGAGAAGGUCUGAAAGCAGAAGAGAAGACGUGAACUUUGCUGAAAGUCUUUCCUUUGUGCUGUUAGAUGAUUCAGUUUGCAAUUCUGAAAGAAAUAUUGUAGAGCUGCUCAGAGAAUAUGAAUAUAUCAUGUCACUGGGUCUUGACACAAUUUUUAAUUUGGACACCAGAUUUUCUGUCAGUGGCUUUGUAUCAAAUAAGUUGAAUCUGGUUUGA